UAGAUCUUGAAAUAUGUUUGGUUUGAUGAUAUAGGAAGAAAUGGAUGUACCCCACCAUAUACCACACACUCACUCUCUCACCGUAGGUCUGCAACCUCUGUGAACAUUUCAGCGACUCCCACAAGCCAUCGCAGUCUCGCUUAACGGUCUGUCAUGACUCUGCUCAACAAGAAGGCCAAUGAAAAUGAUCAAAUAAGUUACUUACCAGGUAAUGUCAUUGAUGCCAUCCUAGCAAACUUGGAAAUCAAAGACCAAGUUAGGACUAGUAUUUUAUCUAAAAACUGGAGGUAUAUGUGGACUUCAGCCCCACAACUUCAUUUUGACCAAGACUUUUUUAAUACUUUCAUGCAUCUUGAUGACCCUAACCCUGUCAUUUCUAAAAUCAUCACCGAUGUUCUUAUGCUCCACAGCGGGCCGAUACACAAGUUUACUCUUUACUUACCAUAUGACUCCGCCUAUUUCGAUAUGGAAGUGGAAUACCUCAAUAUUUGGAUUCCGAUUUUGUCAAGUAAGGGCGUUAAAUAUCUUGAUUUUGUGAACUUCAACUCAGUUCCGGAUGAAAUCCCAUUUAUUAUCUUCUCUUGUAAGGAAUUGACUUACUUAAAAUUUGGCGGAUUUAACAUGUCAAUUCCACCUGAUUUCUGCGGCUUUAAAAAAUUGCUUGAACUUCACUUAGAUAUGCUUAUAUUCGAGCCCGGUGCACUUGAGACUCUUGUGUCUGGUUGUCCGUUUCUUGAGAAGCUCAUAAUUGAAUCAUGUGAUGGUUAUGAGUAUCUUGAUAUUUCUUCUCCUACUCUCAAAGUCUUAGAGAUAGUAUUAAGGGAUGAUAUGAAGUCAAUUUCUCUCGAGAAAGCAACGAAUUUGGUCGAUUUUACACUUGAUGUUAAUGGUAUCAGGGUAUAUGGUUUGAUCAAAAGUUUGCCAAAAAUCAAGAGGCUUUCUGUGCGAAAAAGUAUGUAUGGCAAGAAGGAGAAGUAUCCAUAUGCAGAUAUCAUUCCUCUCACGCUGCUAGCAAGCUCAUUCAACUCUUUAGAGUAUCUGCAAUUGCAUGACAUGAGUUUGAAUGAAAAAGGAGAACUUUUGUAUGUUGUUAGUGUUCUCAAAAGUGCUCCUAGGUUGACUGAAUUUGCUAUAUACCAGAGUGGCAACAAUGAUGAUACCUCACAAGUGUCAGACUAUUUCGAAGAGUUACAAGAAUGUUGGUGGCUUAGACUAGAGUUAGAAGAACAUUGCUGGCUUGGACUUCAGAUAGUAGAUAUCUACCUUGGAGGUAGCCCUCACCAUGCAAUGAGUUUGACCCAGUUCAUACUUUUAAAUUCUCCUUUGCUAGAGACUCUUACUUUCAAUUAUUGUUAUAAGGAAUUAGAUGCACCUAUGUUGUUAAAAAUUUCACAAGAGUUGUUAUUGAUGGAACGAGUAUCGCCAAGAGCACAGGUUGAGUUCAAUCAUUCUGCAUUUUAACUAUUUAUGUGAUGAGACGAAAAGACUGGUUGCACAUUGGACCACUGUUUAAUUUAUGUAUUUUCAAUCCAUUUGGUAUCAUGUGGGCAUUGUUUGUAAUACUCUGUGAUUCAUUCAGUAGGCUACUUAGCUUUCUAUUCUGGUUGUUUGUUGUCUGAGUUUAGAUUUUUGGAUGAUAAAUCGUGAAACCUUUUAAU